AUGGCACGCAACAAGGCACGCAAGAAGCGAGGCACCGAGGAGAUCCUACAAUUGAAGGCUAUGGGCCUCACUUGCGUCAAGACGACAGGCAACGGUAAUUGCUUGUUCCACGCACUUUCAGACCAGAUGUAUGGCGACCAAAGCCGUCAUGCCCAGCUUCGGGCGGAUACCGUGCAAUACAUGAGAGACCACCCUGGAGAGUUCAAAGCAUUCGUCAUAGCAAACCCUGGAGGAGGUAUUCGACGCAAUCCAAAGAGGAAGAACCCUGGAGCACUUCGCGACACUUUCGAUCCUACGCCUCCAAGUGAGGCGGACAUCGACACAGCUUUCACCCUGAGCCUUGAUGUCAUGGCCAAGGGAGGCACAUAUGGUGACAAUGCAGAGAUUAUAGCAUUUUCUAACAAGUUCCACGUCGAUAUUCGCAUUUGGUCUGCUGCAAUUGGGGCCUUUUUGAGCGUGGACUGUGAUGCCGCUCCUACUGAAGAUGUGCAAACACUCUAUAUCGUGCAUCAUACCUAUGAACAUUUCUCAUCUAUCCGCAACAUCGAUGGUCCUGCCACAGGACUGCCCCAUAUAAGCGUCAAAGCAAUAUCACCUGAGGCUCGCAAACAAAUACAAAGGGAUCUGGCAGCGAAUCCGCCAAUUGAGGAAUGGAUGGUCAACCUAGCUAUGGAGUCAUUGCCUUACGAUGCUAACAGAAAUAUGGUCGAGCAGACGCUGAAACAGUGUCGGGGAAACAUCAACCUUGCGGUCGACCUAUUGCUCCCAGAAACCUCUCCGGAGACCAGUGAAAGAAGCUCUAGCAUCGAGCGGGAUCCAGAUAGUGACGAUGAGAAGGAUCAAAAGCCAACCAAAAAACAGGAUCGUCGUCAGAGUCGUCCACACCCUCUUAGCCAGAAUCUUGCUGUCCGUUCUAAGGAUGGUGACCUAGCUUCUCCCGAUCCUCACGACCUCUCCUUGGCCUUGAAAAAAGUAGGAGACACCAAGGAAUUUGAUCCAGACGAGACGGAGGAAGAAGAUUGGAAAGAAGACGGGCCAUAUCAUGACUCCGAAUCAGCUUCCGUUUCAACUUCGGCCUCAGACUACUCCAAUCCGGACCAAUCGCAACAGUCUACCUCGGGUGUUACUCGCUUUCGACUCUCACAACCUAAAAAACCACAAGCUUCGACGUCGCCAAGCACAAGCAGCGACAAGCCCAAAAUUGAAUACGAAUUGACAAGCAUCAAGCCGAGACGAGUGAUCGCGAAGCCACGGAGACGUCGGUUAGUCAACGGUAACGACCGCGCAGCUGAUCUCGCCAAAAAAUCGGCUCGCAAUCAGCAUAUGGCCAAUCAUGCGACGGCCAACAGCCAACAAGAGAAUGCACCGGUGCAGGGCAUCAAGGCUAUCAAGAUAUAG